UUUUGUGCAGUUACAAAAGAAGUAACUGAGAGCGUCACACGCAGGGGCUGCUCAGAGAAUGAGAUGAAGGUUCUGGUAAUUCUCACUGCAAAAUGGGCCCUUGUCACGGUUCUGGUCACUCUUGGAGGUGUCAGAUGUCUCACUGGCCCAGCCAGUCCUGUUACAGUCCAAUACGGGGAGUCCCUGACAGUCAACUGUACCUAUGAUCCCGGAUUUGAGACCCAUAAAAAAUACUGGUGUAGAGGGGGAUACUGGAAGAACUGUAAUGUUGUGAUUAAAACAUCAGGAACAGACGGAGAGAUCACAAGUGGAAGGUUCUCCAUCAGAGAUGUACAGAACCAACGGACCUUCUCUGUGACCAUCACAGCUGUGACCCGAGACGAUGAAGCCACGUAUUUCUGUGGAGUGGAACGUAUUGGGAUGGAUGAUAUGUAUGAAAUUAAAGUGACAGUGCUUCCAGGUGUCUGCAGAAUGGAAGCUACAUGGACUGAUGUACUGGAGUUUCCAGAAACAUUUAAAGAGCUCAGAGUGGGUGAAUCCAUUAAUGUUUCGUGCAAGGAACAGUAUGAGGAGAAGGCGUUAGUACUAAAGUGCAAAGAGGAGGCUGGGGACGUUCAUUUUUUCCCACAGGACAUACUGACCAGUUGUAAAGAGAAAUGCAGAAGGAUGGAAAUCUUUUCUCCAAAUAUAACUCUGAUCCCUGACCAGGAAUAUUAUGGCCCCGGAGAGGAGGUCACAGUCUGGUGCCCAGAAGAGCAUGAGCCCAACUUCAGGGUCAUACAGUGUGUGAAUGAGGCCAAGAGAAACCAAUGGAAUGUGGGACACGUGUUCUGCUCACAAACCAACUUUACCUUGGGUGUCUCACAUGUGAUGAACCAGACUGAGAUCCAACCAUUGGAUUUAUUUGUGGGACCGACGUUUGGACUCGUGAUCCCCAUUUCCCUGAAGCUCCUGGGACUGCUCAGUGUUCUCCUCUGGAAAGGGAUUUCUCCUCUGAGCAGAAAGUACUGGAAUUCCAGUAAAGCCUCAGAACUGCCAGUGACAUCCAGACAUGAAGAGACAAACGUGUAUCACCAGGAAGAUAAAUUGGAAAACAAGAGAAUAUUGUCAGAGAAAGAGGAGAGGGAAGAUUUGUAUGAAAAUCUGGAUCAUUAUACCGCUGGGAAGUAGCAGGGGAGAAGCAGAAGACUCAGUGGCAGUUGUUGGAUUAUUUGUCACUAGAAU